GUCAGUCCGGGAGGUACACUUGCGGGACGAUGUAGGAGUGUACAGUGAUUCCGUUUAUCAGCGCUGCAUGAAGACACCAUUCGCCUGGACCACUUUGAUUUUGGAACUGGUUUUCUGUGUCAACUUUGUCCUGGCUUCUGACUUUCAUUAGUUUCGCCGCGUGUUCUCGAGAGGAUUGUAUUUGUCUCCCACUUCUUUGGUCCACCGGGGACAUGAGAGUGUACGCGCAAACCUCAGCGGAGCGACCGAAGCAAACAAGUUAAUGUGUUGGCCACGAGUUUUACCAGUGCGCAGUAAUUAUACACUUAUAUGUGACGACUAUACGCUUCAUUUGAGCUGGUUAAUCAUUAGGGAGAGUGUACUGAAUUCAGCCACGAAAGGAUUUUUUCGCAACUUCAUAGUUGUAAAAACAUUAGGCAACUUUUUUUUUGGCACGUUGCGUUAUCUGUCAGUAGCUAUGCCUUCUAACGCCGAGGCGGCAACCUGUGAAGCUGUCUUUGAAGUCCAAGUCUCGGCUGCUCCGUGCUUUUAUGGAUUUAUCCCAAAUAUGCUUUUUCGUCGGGACGUACUUUGUCUGGGAGCGUUGUCACCUCAUACCCUGGCUCCAAAAUGCUAAUGUGGGGAACAGUUGGGGGCAAACAUCGAUAACUAUCGAGGCUCGUGCUGGCCGUGGUCAACAGUUAAGUCUACAUUGACUCAAGUUUGACAUGCGUCUAAAGCAGGGACCCACUUUGUGAAAGUGGGCUGUGGAGGCAGUGCACUGUUCGGGCUGAACACAACGUGUUUCCACGGCGCACUCGGCCAUGCACUGCACACUAAUGACACUGGAGGAAAGUUUAUUAUAGCUCACUUUUCAGGGCCACUGUGUGUACGAAGUGGCUGCAUUUUUCUACGGGUAACCUGAAUAUGUAAACACAAAUUCUUUUAGUGUAAAACACUACGUGUGGAUUUGUAUCUUGGUAAUCGUCGCCUCUCAAAGCAGUAGGUCUCGUUUCGCGUUCAAGUCGUCUCUCUGCGGUGCUUGUGAGCUUUGAAGUCCACCAUGUGCGGCCGGCCCGUGCCGCUCCUGCCCGGGCCAUGAGCGUCCCCCCGCGGCGCCUGGCCGGGCUCUGGCCGUGGCUGCUCAUGGCGGGCCUGCAGCUGGUGCUGGGCCAGCCAGGCCUGGGUCAACCGGAGUCCGAGCGGCCGCUGCUGCGAGCGCUGAUCAAGGUGACCCUGCUCCGCCAGGAGCCUACGGGCAAACCCAUCACCCUGCAGGGCCUGUUUGUGGGAGGAAGUGCGGGUUACGCGGAGGGAAAGUUAAUGCAGUACCACCCUCUGUCUCUGUGUAACACCAGUGAGGAUGAGCGCCCUGACUCUGACUUCAUCACCAUCGUCAAACUGGAGCACAGGGUCCCACGCUGCCUGCCUCUACUCGAUAAGGCUCGCAUGGCCUUGGAGAAAGGAGCCCAGGCUGUUAUUUUUGAUGUCAGUGAUGAUGACAUCGCUGCUGCUGAGCUCAGAGAAGCAGACUCGCUCCCACGUCCAGUGGUCCUGGUGGAGGCGGGUGAUGCUAAGGAGUUAAUGGACUUGGUCAACAAGAACGAGGAGGCAAUGGUGCGAAUUGAGAUCAAAAUGGAAACCCCCAAAUGGCCCCAUUAUGAUGUUGGUAUUCUGCUUACCAUCGUCCUAGCGAUUCUCACAAUUAUCUUAAUUUUUGCUUUUCGAUAUAAGUGCAAGUCUAACAGGACCUGGGAUUCAGUUCAUCAACAGACUAUGCGAGCCAUUAGUCGGUUGGAGACCAAAACUUACAACUCUCAGGGCUGCUCAGGAUCACAGCGCCAUCGUGGGGCCUGGGGGUCAACUAGCAGCAACUCCAGUCCAGUGUGUGCCAUCUGCCUCGAGGACUUCCAAGACGGACAGAACCUGAGGAUCAUCUCCUGCGCUCAUGAGUUUCAUAAAGACUGUGUGGACCCAUGGCUUCUCCAGCACCGCACCUGUCCCCUGUGCAUGCACAACAUCAUGGGAGUGGACAGGCAGAGUCAGAGGAGCAGACUUCACCCAGGCUCAGAGCAGACCCAGAGCUUCCUGCCUCAGGCAUACAGCAACCCCCACAGCCACCCUUUCCCUCAGCACGCCAUUCCCUUCUCUAUGAGGCCACACUACCCUCGAGGGCCCUCUGGACAUUACCCCUCUUUGGGACACUACCCGGGUUCUUCUAUGGAGCAGUCAGUACGUUUUGUCUCUGGACGACCCCUGGGCUCAAAUUGUGGAUACCAUGUCCCUGCAGAGGGCCCCGGGAGGCCCCACAGGAUCACGGGUAACUGCAGGACUUCACAUCAUUACGGGCCUCGUCGGUCUUGCCACACUUAUCGCUCGUGUGCCGCCCAGCGCAGCGGGUCCAGCUCCAGACUGCACCACUCGGCCCUGGGCUCUCAGCCCCGAGGGGCCAGCCACAGUCACCAGGAUGAGGGCAGCUGUUCAGGAGGCAGUUACCACACAGAGCGCAGUGGAUAUUUAGCUGACGGACCGGCCAGCGACUCCAGCUCAGGGCCCUGCCACGGCUCGUCCAGUGACUCUGUGUUAAACUGUACGGACGUGUCUCUGCAGGGCGUCUAUGGCAGCUGGUCCACUUUCCGCAGCUCUUUGAGCAGUGACUAUGACCCCUUUGUGUUCUAUGGCCCAGCUCCAGAGCCAGGGGCCCAGGCGCGGCCCCGCUCUCUUGACUCUGUGGUGAAUAAAACGGGCUGUGAGGAGCAGCCUCAGACUGUCUUUAGCCAUGUGCACUUCCACCGUCACAGGCACCACCACUAUGAGGAGCCUGAGCACAGCCAGAGCUACCCUGGUGUGGACAAUGAGAUCUCUGUGAGUAUCUUAUAA